AUGUUGGCACUGUGCUUCUGGGCACUGAUGUUCGUGCUGCAGAGGAAGCACUUUCGCCUGCACACCCGUGCAUUAGACGAUGCCAACCGCCGUGUGCGAGAGGCCUGUGAGAGCAUCACCCGCGAGUACAGGGCGCUUGCGGUGAAGAUGCACAUGGGCGAUGAGGCCGUGGAGUCGUUAGACUGGCUGGGCCGAGCUCGGCUCGAUUCACGGGACGCCUUCUACGUAGAGUUUUGCAUCCUGGACGAGUCUUUCGAGCCACUGGGGGAAAGGAGCCACAGCCGCCUCAGCGACCGCACCACCGUCCCACGGAGUACGCGGCCACAGAGCGAAAGCAGCAACGGCAGCAGUGCUUUACUCAGACUGACGGCACAG